AUGGUUAAAGCUAUGGACUUAGGACUUCAAACACUGAGGUCACAGAUUCAUGUGUUUGUUUCUUUUUUUAUUUUUAACAGUGAAGGAGUAUUCAAAUGUCCUGAGGAUCAGCUACCACUUGACUAUGCAAAGAUCUACCCAGACCCUGACCUAGAACAGCAGAUCCUGUCUCUUUCCAUCCGUUGUAUCCACAGUGAGGAGGGCUGCCGUUGGUCUGGCCAGAUGAAGCAAUUACAAGGUCAUUUCUCCACCUGUGCAUUCAAUGUGAUUCCUUGUCCAAAUCGCUGUGCCAUCAAACUAACAAGACGGGAUUUGCCUGACCAUUUGCAGCAUGACUGCCCAAAAAGGAAGGUGAAGUGCGAGUUCUGUGGCAAUGAGUUUUCGGGAGAGGCAUAUGAGAAUCAUCAAGGACUUUGUCCACAGGAAAGCGUCUACUGUGAAAACAAAUGUGGUGCACGAAUGAUGCGGAGGCUUUUGUCUCAGCAUUGCUUGGCUGACUGUCCCAAGCGCACACAGCCCUGCAAGUUCUGUGGCAAAGAGUUUGUGUAUGAUACCAUCCAGAGUCAUCAGUAUCACUGUCCACGGUUCCCAGUGCAGUGCCCGAAUCAGUGUGGUGCCCCCAAUAUUGCCCGGGAGGACCUGGGCAGUCAUGUAAAAGAGCAGUGUGGCAGUGCCCUUGUGAUUUGUCCCUUCAAAGAUGCUGGCUGCAAGCACAGGUGCCCAAAAAUGGGUAUGACCCGCCAUUUAGAAGAAGCAACUAAAGUUCACCUCACAAUGAUGUGUACCCUUGUAAGCCGCCAGCGGCAGGAGAUUAUAGAGCUGCGCCGGGAAGUUGAAGAGAUGUCUGUGAGUCAUGAUGGAGUGCUGAUCUGGAAAAUUUCCGAUUAUACUCGUAAACUGCAGGAGGCAAAAGUUCGAAACAACUAUGAAUUCUUCAGCCCACCAUUCUAUACCCACAGAUAUGGAUAUAAGCUGCAGGUGUCUGCUUUUCUUAAUGGGAAUGGCAGUGGGGAGGGCACCCACCUGUCCAUCUACAUCCGUGUACUUCCUGGUGAAUAUGAUAGUCUACUGGAGUGGCCAUUCUCUUACAAGGUAACCUUCUCCAUUUUGGACCAAAGUGACCCAUCAUUGUCCAAACCCCAACACAUUACAGAGACCUUCACCCCUGAUCCCAACUGGAAGAAUUUUCAGAAACCUUCUAAUUCUAGGAACUCUCUAGAUGAGAGUACACUCGGUUUUGGCUACCCCAGGUUUAUAUCCCAUGAGGAGAUCAAAAAGCGCAACUACAUCAGAGACAACUGCAUUUUUCUGAAAGCAUCUGUUGAAAUCCCACAAAAGAUUAUUGCUUAAACUUUUUAUUUUGAAUUUAAAAGUUCUUCCAGGUGUUUCACACUGGUGCAUAGUAGAUUUGGAAAUGGAAUCCAUGGUUUGGUUUUGGUCAUCUUAUUUCUUCCUUUUUAAAAGACAGUGGAAAACUGACUGUUCCUGUCUGCCCUUCAGACUUUUAGAGAUCCUGAAGAGAGUGAAGGACAUGGUUCAGUUUAGAGGAACUCCUUGUGAUAGCUUUGAGUAGCUGUGGGGUUGGGUAAGGUGGGUUUCUUUUAUAGUGCCUGGACCCAAGUAGCAAGGAAAUCUCCUUUUAAUGUUUCUGAACAGCUCUUUGCUGACUGGUCUUUUUCUGACAAGUUCAUCUUGGGUGCUGAUUAAUGAGAAGUCUAGUUUAAGAAGAUCUCAGGAAAAUUGAGGAUCAGGAAUUCUGGGUGUGCAUAUGCAUGCACACCCUCACGCACGCUUACGCACAUGUCUACUGUAAAAGUUCUAAAUGUUAAAUUCAAAAGAGGUGUGUUUUUUUGUGAUAAAUAAGGGCAUAUAGAAGUGGCCUGGCUGCAAUGAAGAAUUUUAUAUAUGACGUUCCAGGACAGAUAAUCCAAAUGAAUAAUUCCAAAGGCCCAAUUUUAAAAAAUGAGGGGCAUCUAGCAGUAAUCAGUUUUUUAGAGAGGCCAAACACUUCCGUUUGAAGGAUGGAGUUCUUAGGUUCCUGUGUUUUGUUUUUGUUUUCCCAUAAGUAUACUUAAACUUGUUUGCAUAUCUGUAUGCACACACAUCUGUGAAGAUUUAAGAGUUAAUGUACUUUGGAAAAGUGACCUUUAGUCAGUUGCUUUCCAUGGAAUUUGGAGUUUGUUGAACAUCACCUUGGGGUAUCUCAGUAGUAUUUGUCACACUACUGCUCUGGUUGUAUUGUCACUGUAAUAUCCGGAGAUGACUCUUCUCACACAGUGUCUAAUAUAUCUUUGGUCAGUUUAACUGUGUGUGUGUGUGUGUGCUCACACGUGAAAAUUUGUGAAUAUAUAUGUUACUUCUUUUUUUCAUUUGUAGAGAAAAAAUUUUAUGUCAAAAAAUAGAAACCUUCACCCCGCAUUGAGCCAGCUGCUGUUACUCCUGAGGUUUGUUUGACCGUAGUGUUGGAUCAGAACAAAGCAACAUUGGUGCAGGUAGAAAGACUGAACUGUUAAACACAGAAUUGUAAAAAAAGAAUUUAUAGUACUGUUAAUAUAUUUCUGUGUGUGUGUGUAUGUAUCUAUAUAAAUAUGUAUACUAAUGUAUAAAAGGUUAAAGCUUUCUGUAUUUUGUACUCUUAAUACAAUAAAUCUUGGUUACACCUUUCUAUCCAAUAACAUUUUUCAACAUUUUUUAGACUUUUUUUAUUGAAAAAAAUUUAAAAGAAAAUUAGCUUUAGUUCUAACAUGGUCUGUAUGUAGGUAGUUUUAUAUUUAUACAAUAUUUUUCCUUAAUGCAUGGUUUUUAUUUUAUAUCUGUGUUUUACUGUGAAUGUAUUUAUUUUUAAAGUAGUGAGGUCUGUGCAGACUGAAGAAUCCAACGUCUUCAGCCUGAAUUAAUUGUCAUCAAUCACUGUUGUGAAAUAAAAGGUGAAUUUCUGCA